AUGGAACAUCACAAGAAACCAGUGGCUUCACAGCAACCUACAAGAGGCCGGCAACCAAACGUUGUGGGAGCUCGAUCAGGAAGUAUAGGAGUUGAAAAAGAUAUCAACAAAGUGAAAAUCGUUCCUGCAAAUGCUUCCUUUGGAAGGCGUGGACAUGGAGCUGGUUGGUAUUGUGAAGCAUGCAAUGAGACAUAUAAAGACUCGCUUAGCUGGAUUGAGCAUUUGAAUAGUACACAGCAUUUACGAAAAACUCGAACUGUUGUAACUGAUAGACGAGCGACUUUAGAAGAAGUGAAAGAGAGAAUGGAAUAUUGGCGUCAGCAAUUGCUUCAACCACAGAUUGGAUCGAAGGAAUAUAGUUUGCGAGAGCGUACAGAUUCCUACAGAGAACAAUUACAAAAACAAAAACUAGAGAAGCAAGCAAGGAAACGAGACCAGGCAAAUAAAAAACUGGAAGAACCGUCAGAAACAGAGAGCUCUGAAUUGGUUCAAAUGAUGGGACUUCGUGGAUUUGGAUCUACAAAUUUCUAA